AUGUUGCGGUUCUGUGGCAUCAAGAAAUUGCAGAUUUACGGUACUCCUUCGCCUGUCCAUCACUGUUUCAGUUUGAUUCAAGGCACCGGGUUGGCUGAUCUACUCGUCACGCGGCGCACUCGUCGAAUUCGCCAAAUUCUCGUUCAAGAUCGUACACCUUGUCACGCGGAUCACGCGGACGAUGGUCUGGGACGGCAUACAACUGCGGCAGUCGGCUUGUUAAAAGCGAUUCAUCCACCAAAGAUAUUGGCGGUCCCGGGUAAAUCUACGAAAACCUCUUCAUCCUCACCCACCUCUUCCACAUCACCGGUUGUCCCGGACGGUGGUGAUCCAGCCAGUGGUCCCGGCACCGAGGAAUCACCAUAUUCAGCUCAUGUGUACAGUCCGGGCCGAAUUGUAAAAGAUGUGGUCGUGUUCGAUCCGAGACANCCGGCAAGUCAGGUCACACUGACUAUCGAAUCACAGGCCGUUUGCAUUGCAUUAGUCAAUUCGGCUCUGGUCCGAUGGAUGACCGGUGCUUGUCAAAUUUCGUGUGCUUGUGUUAAUCGAGCAGCUCAAGUUGCGGUCACCAAUGAGUGCACUCAGUUCCGUGAUGCCCCAGAUGUUCACGUCUCUCCACCACUGUCUACCUCUUUGGUGAUGACCAGCUUUGGUGCCACUCGGUUCAAGUACCACGAUAUCCAUGAUAUUCCCAUCGGUAUUUUAUUCGGUUCCUUGCUCCUCCAAGCCCAAGGAUAUGCUCAAAUUGCCAGUUUCUAA